AUGUCUGAUAGUAGUUCACUGGAUGAACCAAAGGCAACUGUUUCGCAUCAGGAUGAUGUUAGGGCGGAAAAAGCCAAUUAUAAUAAAGAAGCACUUUUCAAGCCAAAGAUGAGUGAUUCUUCUUCGGCAGAUAUGGAAGAUAACACUUAUGGGGAAAAUGAGGCAAAUACCAGCGGCGAUGGUAACGUUUUGGGUCAAUAUUCAGUAAAGCAAGUUAUGCAAAUGGGUAGACAUUUUGCUCAGAAGCACAAUUUACCCAAUGAUGAUGAUAUUUUCGCUAGAGCGGCCGCUUUAGCUAGAGAUCCAAACAAAUUCGACCAUAUGGAUUUUUUGUCGGAACAUGAGCGUAUAGCUUGUUAUGACGAAAUUAAUAAACCUUGGAGUUCUAUGACUAAUAAAUUGAUCCAAAUUAUUGCAGCUUCUGCUAUGUCUGCAGCUGUGCAAGGUAUGGAUGAAACGGUUAUCAAUGGUGCUCUAUUGGGUUACCCAAAAGCUGUUGGUUUGGAUGGCGGCACAGAAAGAGAGAAUUGGAUCCAGGGUUUGGUCAAUGGUGCUCCUUACUUGUGUUGUGCUGGGUUUUCGUGCUGGACCACUGAUUGGAUGAACAAUAAACUCGGUCGUAAAAAUGUUAUUUUCUUCACCUGUUUGAUCUCUGCUAUUUCCUGUUUUUUGCAAGGUUUCGGACCCACUGGUGCGCCCGGUUGGCAUUAUCUAUUGGCGAUGAGACUGUUAUUGGGUGUUGGUCUAGGACCAAAGAGUGCUACCACUAAUGUUUAUCUAGCAGAGUGUGCUAGUAAGCAAAUUAGAGGUUCUGUCACCAUGAUGUGGCAAUUGAACACUGCGUUGGGUAUCAUGUUUGGUUAUGUUUUCUCUCUAGCUUUCUUCCACGUUCCAUCUCAUGGUAUCGGUGGUGGUUUGAACUGGAGAUUGACACUGGCGAGUGCUAUGAUUCCAGCUAUCUUUGUCAUGAUUCAAAUUCCAUUCUGCCCUGAAUCACCACGUUGGCUGAUGGGUAAGGAUCGUUACAUGGAGGCUUAUGAAGCAACGGUUCAGAUCAGACCCCAUAAGAUUUUGGCAUGCCGUGACAUGUUUUAUCAACAUAUUCUCAUGAUGGAAGAGGAAUCAUUGCAAUUGCCAUUCGUCAAGAGGUUGCAGGAAAUGGUUACCGUUAGAAGAAAUAGGAACGGUUUGCUUGCAUCGUGUGUUUGUGCCUUUAUGCAACAAUUCUGUGGUAUAAACGUUAUCGCAUACUAUUCUUCUACUAUCUUCAAAGAGAGUGGUUUCUCAGACUUGCAAUCUUUGGAGGCUUCGUUUGGUUUCGGUCUUAUUAAUUUUGUCUUUGCAUUCCCAGCUUUCCUAAUGAUUGAUAGGUUCGGUAGGAGGUACCUGUUACUGCGCACAUUCCCUUGGUUGGCUUUGUUCUUACUGAUUGCUGGUUUUGGCUUCUGGAUCCCUAAAUCGAAUAACGAUGCCAGAAUGGGUGUUAUCACCAUGGGUAUCUAUGUGUUCACCGCCAUCUACAGUUUCAGUUGUGGUCCUGUUCCUUUCAUUAUUGCCGCUGAAUCUGCCAACUUGGCUUCCAGAUCCCUAAACGCUUCCAUCUUUACAGUCGUUCUAUGGGGUUUUAACUUCAUUUUAAGUUUGACUUGGAAUAGUAUGCUGGCCGCUAUGAAGGCACAAGGUGCAUUCGGAUUCUACGCAUUUUGGAAUCUCGCAGGUUGGUUUAUGGUUUACUUCUUACUUCCAGAAACAAAACAAUUCACUCUGGAAGAAUUGGAUGAAGUGUUCGAUAUUCCUUUGAGAACUCGUAUUGCCUAUGAAUUCAAAGAGCUAUGGCCAAAUUUCCAAAGGUCCAUCUUGUGGAGAAAGAAUGUUAAGGGACAACCGCCACUAGGACCACACCAAAGAUUGUCUUUGAAGUCUGAGGAAUGGAAUGAUAAGGCAUCCGCCGAGUUUGUCGAAAAAGCAAACUAA